GUUAUUUUCGAAUUAAUGGUGAAUUCAUUUUACAGUUCCCCUUAGAUCUUCCGCGUAGGCAAAGGAGUCAUGCAUGAAGCCCCCCGGCGUUGGAAGAUUGCAAACUCCCAACUUUCAUGGAAUUACAUAAUUAUUUUAUUUAAAUUUCUGUUUCCAUCGGCUAUCCUUGCUCUGCUUUCUCUCUCAUCCUUACAGCGUGGCUUCUGGUCCAUCUCUCCGGUUCCAAUUCCUAUAAUUUACUCCGUCGCCUCAAGGAUCUGUUGGUGGAUCCUCUAUUUACUUUAUUUAUCUGGUCGCUCGCUCGUGUUGUGGGGCCAAUUUGUUUGAGCCUUGCACCCGUCUCCGGAAUUCCGCUCUUCAUCUUUCUCCCUCGCGAGAGAAGAUGACGACCAUGACGAUGGAGGGAAUGAUGGACAAGGCCGUGCUGGAUGAUAUCAUACGGAGGCUCCUCGAAGGCAAAGAAGGGAAACAGGUCCAGCUCUCCGAGUCGGAGAUCCGUCAGCUCUCCGUCAACGCUCGCCAAAUCUUCCUCUCUCAGCCCAUUCUCCUCGAGCUCCAUGCUCCUAUCCACAUCGGCGGUGAUAUACAUGGGCAGUACCAAGACUUACUGAGGCUUUUUGAAUAUGGUGGCUACCCUCCUUCUGCAAACUAUUUGUUUCUAGGGGAUUAUGUAGACAGAGGAAAGCAAAGUUUGGAGACAAUAUGUUUACUUCUGGCCUACAAAAUAAGGUACCCCAACAAAAUAUAUCUGUUGAGAGGAAACCAUGAAGAUGCAAAGAUAAAUCGGAUAUAUGGAUUUUAUGAUGAAUGUAAAAGGAGGUUCAAUGUUAGGCUCUGGAAGAUAUUUUCUGACUGCUUUAACUGUUUGCCAAUAGCUGCACUAAUUGAUGACAAGAUACUCUGUAUGCACGGAGGCCUCUCUCCAGAAUUGAAAAAUUUGGAUCAGAUAAGGGAAAUUUCAAGGCCUACUGAUGUUCCGGACAAUGGUCUUCUCUGUGAUCUGCUCUGGUCUGAUCCUGAUACUAGGAUUGAGGGCUGGGCAGAAAGUGACCGAGGCAUCUCAAGUAAUUUUGGCGCUGAUGCAGUCACGAUGUUUUUGGAUGAAAAUGACCUCGAUCUCAUUUGCCGAGGCCAUCAGGUGGUGGAGGACGGAUAUCUGUUUUUUGCUAAACGAAGGUUAGUCACUAUAUUCUCUGCUCCAAACUAUGGGGGGAGUUCGACAACGUUGGCGCAUUGUUGAGCAUUGAUGAAUCUCUUGUAUGUUCCUUCAAGAUCAUUAAACCGAUUGACAGAGGUUCGUCAAAGAUGAAUCUUAAGAAGCCUUCUAGUUCCAGAUCUGGAAGGUCCUAGUUAUGUGGCAACGAGCUCGGGUUCUCAACUUUGAGUUUGGCAAAGGAGAGCCUUCCCUAGCGCUACGAGUUGAAGAUUGGCGAUGAUCUAAUGGCUCUGAUACUGUAUUGUAAAUUAAAACCUCCUCUGGAUUCUUGGUGCGAUUAUACACCAUUUGGUCACUUUUGUUUGGCAAUUUAACAUGUAGUUUGUGCGAGCAAACAGAGUUCCAUGUUUGAGAAAAUGUAUGUUCGCGAAUCA